AUGUCCAAAAUUUCGGAUAAUGCCAUUGAUCAUUCUGGUCUUAUUGUUGAGCUUGAUAAUACUAAAAGGCUUUUGGAGUUUAAUCAACUGGAAAUUCAGCAAAAAUUGAAAUCAAGAACAGAUUUUAACAACCAGAUUACACAAUUGCAACAGCAACUUAAGGAUCAAAGAAUUGAAAUAGAAGAAUUGAAGAAGCAACUACAAAAGCUUAUAAGGAUAUGA